UAACGGAUAGAAAGUGCCAGGCAAACAAACGUGCAUCAGCGCGUUAAGUAACAAAUGUGGUUAACAAUCCUUGAAAUAGCAUCCCAAGCGCCACAGAUUAAGCUUAAACGACUGAAAAAUCAAAUAUCUGUGAUUUUCGGUAGGAUAAAUGGAAAAUCGGUAGUUUUAGGGCGGUCAUCUGUGAAUCGGUAGGCAUAUAAAAAAUCGGUAGGAACACAGAUAAAUCGGUAUUUCUGGUCACUCUGUUUGUCACGUACACGCGUCAUGGUGUUAGUGAGGGCCAUCUUUCUGACAUCCACCUCGUCGUUCGUCGAAUUGCCGUGAAAAAAUUGCAAACGCCCUGUGAAAAGUUAAAAAUUUAAGGCCAUAAUCGACGAUAUUUGUGCUUAACCUGUGAUAAAAACAUAGAUUUGCCGACAUUCGUAACAAAGGCCGAUAGAUUGGUGCAAAAAUCGUGCUCUUGAAGCUGAAUUCUUCGUUUUCGUGAGGCAUCUGAGAACAAGCCCCGGACGGAAUUGAGCAACGUCAGGGGAAGUGAAGGGGAACGAUUAGAAGUUGAAAAUUUUACCUGUGUCAGCAGCAAUAGAAUUCAGCUUUUCUGCGUAAAAAACCCUUUGCAGUAAACCAGAUCUAACGCAGCAUGGGUCGCAAGAAGAAAAAGGCGUCAAAGCCUUGGUGCUGGUACUGCAACAGAGAAUUCGAUGACGAGAAGAUUUUGGUGCAACAUCAGAAGGCAAAGCAUUUCAAAUGCCACAUUUGUCAUAAGAAGCUGUAUACGGGUCCCGGACUAUCGAUACAUUGCAUGCAGGUGCACAAGGAAUCGAUUGACAAGGUUCCAAAUUCUCUUCCAAAUCGGUCCAAUAUUGUGAUCGAAAUUUACGGAAUGGAAGGCAUACCUCCGGAGGAUAUUCGUGAGCACGAGAAACAAAAGAAUGGAAAUCGAUCAGAAUCGGAAGAAGAGGAGCCGGCGCACAAGAAAAUGAAGCAAGCUGAGGCGUCCGUAUCGCAGGGAAUGAUGCAAAUGCAGAAUAUGAUGCCUCCGCAUUUACAGGCUGCGUACAGCAUAAACCCCAUGAUGAGCGCAAUGGGAGGGAUCAAUCCGUACAUGGUACCACCCGGAAUGCCGAUGAUGCCCGCGAUGAUGGCAGGGGCCCAGAGACCCCUCUUUCCAGCCGCCGCCGCAGCCAGUGCUGCCACUGUGACUAGUGCAUCAAAGCCGACGUUUCCAGCAUACAGUUCCGCCACGAUUAGUGCUCCUCCAACAACCAACAGUGCUAUCUCGGCAGCAGCAAGUGGCAACAGCAACAACGGAUUGGGUGGUGGUGAUGCGACGAAAGGCGCAUCGUCGUCCAUCAUGCCUAAUUCGGGUACUGCGACCUCUAAGAUUGUGCACCCGCCAGAGGAUCUCAGCUUGGAAGAGCUUCGAGCGCGCAAGCCCCAGUAUCAAAAGCAAAUUCAGCAAGCUACUCAGCAAAUGCUGCAGCAAAAACAGCAAGAAAAACAACAAGCACAGGUAGCUGCUGCGGUUGCGGCGGCCCAGCAACAACUGCAGGCACAAGCGCAGGCACAACUUAAGCAGCACCAUCAGCAGCAGCAGCAACAACAUCAACAACAAUUGCACCAACAGCAGCAGCAGCAGCACCAGCAACAGCAACAGCAACAACAGCAGCAACAGCAACAGCAGCAGCACCAACAACAACAGCAGUUGCAACAAUUAUCGCCGUUUUCCUCAGCAGCUGGUACCGCUUCAAUCGUUUCCAACACACAAACAACCGCCGCUAUGAAAGAUAAUCGAAUGAUGUCGCCACAAGAGCAAGCCGCUGUGAUAGCACACGCACAUGCCGCCGCAGCCAACCAUCACAAACAGAUCGAGGAAUUGAAUCGUGCUGCAAUGAUUCAUCGGUUUCAGGCAGCAAACGCAGCCGCAGCGAAUGCUGCAGCAGCAGCCGCCAGCAGACCAGGAAUGCCAAUCGGAAUGGUUCCUGUAUCUCUGGGAGGCCCUGUCCCACUUAUGUCUCCAAUGAUGCGUCAAGGACUAGCAAUUGGUCCACCGGGAGGAGGCAACUUGGCGCUUUUAGGGGGAAACAUGCUUCGUCCUGGUCCCCCACAAAUGGGUCUUGGUCCAGGACACCAGUGCAGUACAAUCGAGAAAUGAAAAAUGAAAUAAAAUGUUAUAAAGGGCUGGAUGAUAAUUUCAUACCUGUUACCACUCUUCCCCGUGUCUAAGAUAAGCCUAUAAAAAUACUACUAACAUCACUUAAAUGUGUAUUCUACCCCUUCUGGCAGUAACCUUGUGUGUAUGUGUGUGUGUGUGUAUUUGUUGUGAGUGUAUUUGAGUGUGCGUGUGUGUGCGCGUGUUCUAGGUUUGGUUCCUCUAUUGUUGAUAACCUUGUGUUAAAUGUGUGUUAGUGUAUAGCAUUACUUUUAGGGGCUUCUGUAUGCUUAGAAUCGUCGCCAAGAUGUUAUUAUUGUUUGCACUUUCAUUCAUAGCCGAGAAUACCAACAAUCUCGCCAAACAAUUCUUAACUAGCUAACUAUUAUUUCCUAUUGCAUACAAAUGUUCUGCACAUUUAAUUAUAUAUCUCAUUUCAUUUUCAUUUCUUUCAUAUUAUGUCCUUUCAUUUGUCCUGGUUGCCUUCGAAAUAAGAAACUAAUCCAAUGAAUGCCUAUUUGUAGUUAUUAAUUCAUUCGUGUUUUGUGUGUGUGUGUUUUUGUGUCAAAUGUUGUAAAAUGUUAACGUAGUCGAUUGAUUAAUUUUCCCGUUUGCACAUUUUUUUACAAAUUGAUCUUAUAUAUGUCUCAGUAUGAUCAUUGUAGAUUCGUGUUAAUAAUUUUGCUUUCAUACUUGUAGGGUUCUUAAACAAUGAUUUAAGAGAGUCGCUAUAAAGCUACCAAAGUUCGUCAUCGCAAUUAUAUUGUACAUUACUAUGUUUACAUCGCUGAAAGCGGUCGCAUUUCGACUCGUGCGGUUGGAAAUUCAAACAAUCUGGCAGUACUAAACAAGAACAACGCGAGCAGAUAAGCAAAACAAUUGUUAUUCGUAUCUAUGUUCUAUAUAUCACUACACGUUGUCGUUGCUGUUUUGGAUAUGGUUAUCAUUUGGAUGAUUUUUUUUAUCGUAAUAAUGUUGACUUAAUUUUGUUACUGCUACUAUUGAUAUAACCGCUAAUACUAAUAUUUAUGCUACAACUGCUACUACCAUCACAACCACUAUCAUCACCAUCACCAUUAGCAGCGUCGUUUUGGUUCGGAAUAAAUACAAAAGAAUGAAAUCCCCAAAAUCAAAUAAUCUAGUUUUACGUUGAAUGGAACGCCGUAAUCCAGUAUAUCAUUUCUAAUACGAUACGUCGUUUUGCGUUUGUUUCUUUCCAUUGUUUUUUAUCUGCAUCGAAAAGGUGGUUUAAUUACGCAAAUUCCAACUGUACCAGGCAUGGGUGUAGUUUUUCCUGGAGCACCUAUGCUGCCGAUGAUGCCACCACGAUUCCGGUGAUUGCCUCAGCCAGCGCUGCUACCACAAAAUCCAGUUGCACAACAUCGUUCACUAGUAGCGGCUGCCACGUCUGCUGCGUUACCACCGUUGAUGCAACAGCUUCCAUUAUCAACGAUCUAUCCAUAAAUGCGAGAUGAAGAAGAAAUACGUGGCCAUGGCAUAUUAGGAGCAUAUUACCUUAAGAUUAAUGUGAGUUACGCAUCCUGUAACGGCCUGGAUGCUGCGUGGUAGUUGAAUUCAAACAUAAUGCAGCAACUUUCCGUUUAUUUUAUGCAAAUGACAAUGGGAUGUAAAAAGAAUAUUCAUUCAUCCAGUGUGCAGCACCAUUUGGUUGUGACAUUUAUCUGGUUUUCGCCAGCGUGUUAAUAGCAGCGGUAUGUGGUUUUAAUUAAUUUUCUAUAGUUCUAUAAUCUUUACAAAAAAAAAAGACGAAAAUGUUCCGUAGGUGAACAAAUUUUAAGGCAAUAAUUCUGUAAUAAUCCUAAAAUACCAAAACAUAAGGUAAGGAAGUUGGGUUUAGUAAAAUCUAUAUGAUAACAAUGGUAAAAAGGAUACGCCCUGAGAUUAUGUUUAAUCAAUCUAAAAUGCUCAAUUGCGUGAUGUGAAAAAAUACCCACAUCAAAAUAGAGCACAUAAUAAUCGCCGCCAAUUUAAGGUUAGGGCUGAGAAAAAAUGAGCUGUUCAACUAUUGACACCAUGCAUAAAGGGGAAAAUAUUUGCGUUUCGCUUUGUAAAUGUAUGCACAAAAAUUACACACCCAUCAGCUAUACAAAUCUUAUACUCUGUCAAGAUUUUUUAAUUACUUCUUAGUCAGCAAUUACAUAAAAACCCAAUUCUCAAUGCGUUUGGACGUUAAACCUGUCUUUUAACAUAUUUAAUUGUGGUGUUUGCAUCGCACCAGUAAUCAUGAGAAUAUCAUUAUUAUAUGUGCAUCGUAGACGAAGUGCAAUACCAUGGCAGCUGAUUAAGCAUUUGUAGUGGUAAAUAGCUCAUUGUAUUUGUUAUUGUUGCAGUAGAACUAAAUAUUGGUAUACAAAAUUGCUAUUAUAAUGCGUUUUCGUACAAUAACGACAUGGUAAUAUUACCUAUUUUCGCUUCCUAAAAGAAAAAAAAAACAAUCUAGAAACAGUCCCUCAUUACCUUUAACUCCAUACUAGAAUGCUUUCAAAUCAUGAAUAUAUUUCUUACUAUACAUUUAGAAUUCACACUAGCAAUAAUGUUGCCUGUAGUGCCUGAUAAUAUUGUGAAACUAUUGUUGUCCAUUGAAAUUACGAAAGUGAAUGAGUGAAAAGAUACGCGUAAACUAUAUGUGCUUAGCAGUGAUUGAAACACGUUUACAAUUUGCCUUGUUUUCGAUAAUUUUACUGCAUUUGAUUAAAAAAAAGGCCAUUAUCUGGAACUAGUUUGUGACAUGGGAUGGAUAUGGAAUUAAUGUUUCUUUCGUUUUCGUUUAAUUUGGCAUUUUUGUGGUGUUUUAAAAUACAUUUAUUAUUUGGAUUACACGUAGGAUUUAACAUAAAAUAUGCGAUGUUUUUUUUAAGGUUUCGCUCAAAUUUUAGUUUAAAUAUGUUAUUGAUGUUAUAAUUUUCAGUUUUAGCUUUUCUAAACAUGCUCAAUAACAAUAACUAUAAAUGGUGUGGUAUACUUUAUGAUUUAUUAUGGUGGUGGACUAAAAUGUAAACAGUAAAAUUGACUAGUUUUUUCCUCGUGGAAUUAUAUUCCUGUAUAUCAGUAAAAUCCAUGAAAAUAAUGUUAGAAACGUAGCUCAUUGAUUUUUUCCCCCCAUUUCUCCCUGGUCUGACGCUGUUGUAGUGAACGCGUAUCUUCAAUAACAAAUAAUAAUAGUCAUCUUCCAUCGUAAAUUUGGCCGUGCUCCACCACAUCAUACGGUAAUAGUUAAGUACCCCAUCCAUGAAUAGUUAAGCAUGGUCAAAACAAGCAUUGCGUUCUAUUUAUGCGAUUUUCACUCGUACACUCCCAGGUUUACUUCCUUAUUUACAGUAAGCGUCCACAAGGUGCAGUACCAUCGUACCUCAGCUGGCAGCCAUAAGCAUUACUCGGCAAUGAAUUAGUAGCGCAUUACUCGACGAUUUUAACCAUGAGCCGUACGUACCAGCUAAACAAAGAGGAAGAGAUAAAGGGAGAGUGAAAGAGGAGAUAGCGUAUAUUAGUAAAUAGUAAUAGUUUCAGUUGGUCGUGGAUCCCCUUUCGUUUGCAUCUUUUGUAAGCUUUACCUCUAACUUCAUCACUUGUACUCCUUUUAUAUGUUACUCUAAUCCUAUUGCCGAAAACUGCAGCCUAAUCGUGAUCGAACAGGUGAUUGUAUUGAGAAAGUCGUGCCGCCAGAACACUACUCUACUCUCAGCAAUCACAAAGUUGAUGUUGGACGGACAUCGUUCCGUUCCCACCCUUUGAGUGGUUGGUAGCGUCGCUUCAACCAGCUUCAUUAAGGGUCGGCGACAUUGGUCAGAGCUUGAGAGCUGUUUUAAGCAAGUUGACCAUGUGUCACAUCAGUUUUGUUGAGUGGAAAGUCCCUUGCCUGAGAGCUUCGAAGGCAGGCGAAAUUGUUUGCACAAUUUCACAGUUCCUCUAUUUUUUUUUGUUUGAUUGUUUUUAGAUGUGGUAAUAUGGGAAGAAGGUUUAAUGUGAUUUGUUACACGGUGAAGAUGGUGUAUGGUGUGGUGUUGAAGUUGUUUAAUUCUUCUUUAAAUAAUGCUUUUAAUAAAUAGUUUCAAGCUUCAUAAAGCAUUAGCUUUGUCCUUGUAAUAAUGGAUCAUGAAUGGAUGAGUUAUUCAACAGUAAAAGUGUCGGAAAUCUUUUUAUAUUUAUAACAUGUUACACGUAUGUUUUGUUGGAUAUGGUCUUACGUUUUGGGUUCUUUGCUUUUCACAAACCGUUCUUCAUUGCUACUUAUACAACCUAUCGUAUUUGAUAACUACUUUUAAAAUAAACUAUUUUAAGUUAGCCCUGUUUGCCGUUAUUGUGAUGAUUUUUUUUUAUUCUCACCACCUACGUAUUGGAACUGUUGGACUUUCCAUCCCCUGUUCGUGAUCGACAAUUGGGUAAUUUAAAUUUGAGUACAAACAUCACGUUAUAGUAUUAGGGGUUUUAAAAUGUAGUCCAUGCCUAACUCUUUCCUUCCUUCACUUUCUCUCUCUCUUCCCCCUCCUUCUUUCUAUCUCUCUCUCUAUCGCGCGCUCUCUCUGUCUCUCUAUUACUUUCUCUUUGCCUCUCCAUGUCCAUGCCUCAUGUGUGUUUCCCUGUAUUUUGUUUCCUUUUUUAUUUCUAUUUCCAUUCUCACUGAGUAAUGAGAAUAUGCGAUUUAACAUGAGAUGUUUAAAAUUACAAAAGAAUUUGACGAAAAUGUUGUAUUGUAAGCAUAUCUUAAUUUUUGUGAGUUUCUUCGCAUAUCUUCCUUGAUAAAUGUUAGCUGUUGCUAAUUUCAUUGUCCUCUGUUGUUUCGGUAUUUGUCUUUGUGGUCGUCUGGUAUCGGUUUUGUUUGAAUGUGCGGCUUUAAUACGCUUCAUACGAGGGUCUAUAUUGUGGGUGCGUGUAGAGGAUUCUACAACAGUGAAGUAGAACCAUUUUGAGUUAGUUUGGCUAUAACUGUAUGACGCAAGUAUGAGUUUGCUAUGAAAACUGUAUAUUCAUGUAUGCCUCACAAUAGGAAUCAAGCGAAAAGUGAAACUGUCCCAUGCUUGAUUAUUGUUGCAUUGUUUAGUUUUACCUUUCAACUAAAGUACUUUUAUCAUUUGUUCCGCGAGUUUAAUAGUUUUUACAAAUAAGCAUUGAUUGAUACAUCGAUUUCAUCUCACCUUCACCUUUUCAUCCAACGUAAAACGAUACUUUCGGUUUGAUUAAAUAUGCUGCAUCUGUAAAAAGCAAUAAAUGGUGUAUCAUAAAUGAGAUAACAACACAAGAAAUCGCCAGUUGAAUGGUACUGUUUAUCAAUCCGCCGCACUGUAUGAGCUAUAGAUUUGGACAUAUAUUUGUGAAGUACGUUGUGUGUAGCUUAAACCACAUCUAACUAUAUAGCACUCACCUGAAUUGGUGCCAGUUCCGAAGCACGCACUUAACAGCAGACGUUUGGCUUUAAAUUACAACGUUUUCAAGGGAUGGCCAACAAAUCCGUCGUGACAGUGGUGCUCGGAGAGCAUAAACCCGAGUGUUGUCGUAGAAACAUAUUCGCUGAUAGAACUAUUGAACGAUAAGCAACUAAAACCUAGUGCAAGAAGCAAUUGUUGACGUAAGUUUUUAGUGUGCAUAUUUCUAGUUUCCGAUAGCAAUCAAUGUAUGUAUGGGUUGUAUGUAUAUAGCAGUUAUGUAUAGUAAAUAUACAUAAGGGCUUUUAUGCAUAUAUAAAUACACAGCUACGUGAGAUUGUGCCACGCUAGGCAAAACGAAACAUGUUAAUAGUGUUUUUAUUUGUUAAGUGUAUUCAUUAGGCGAUAAACUCAAACUAUUCUUUCGAUUAUAUCUAUAUGCGUAGCGUGUCACCUGAGGUAUAGCACAUGAAUGGAAACAUAAUAAAAUAAAUGUAUAAAUUCAAAACUCA